GCACUCCUCUCCUCUCACCAUCCCGUCCACGUCAAUCACCGACAACACCCGUCAAGAUGGCCAAGUCCAAGAACGCCUCCCAGCACCACAACAGCCAGAAGGCUCACCGUAACGGUAUCAAGAAGCCCAAGACCAACCGUUACCCCUCCCUCAAGGGUGUUGACCCCAAGUUCCGCCGCAACCACCGUCACGCUCUUCACGGUACCGCCAAGGCCCUGAAGGAGCGCAAGGAGGGCAAGCGUGAGGUCGCAUAAGCGUGGACGGAAUCGAAAAGGAAAAU